AUGGCUGAAACUGCAACAGAGGAUACUUACGUUGGUACUGUUGGCCACCUUAUCGAGUUGGGCAAAACUAUAGACGACGUUUUGCCUGAACUGGAUUCACAGGAAACGCAAUGUGAAGGAGCGUUCACGUGGCACAUUUCUGAUUGGAACCUGCUCACACAGGACAAGCAUGCAUCGCCUAGGUUCAAAGUUGGUGACUUCGAAUGGAGUGUAUUGUUGUUUCCCCAGGGCAAUCACAACAAAGGUGUAUCGAUGUAUCUAGAGCCUCGUCCCAGCGAGAUCAAAAGCGAUGAAAACACACAAACCGAAAAAUUGGACAAUGCAGACUGGCACGUUUGUGCUCAGUUUGCAAUUGGCGUUUCGAGACCCGGCGAAGAUGUCAAGUGCCAAUUGUUCAAUGUGUCGCACCACAGGUUUUGCGCGACAGACACUGAUUGGGGUUUUGCCAGUUUCAUCGGGUUAGACACUUUGAAAAAGCGCACAUCCUCUCGAAAUUCUGGGUUUCUUGCCGACAACCAACUUAAUGUUUCAGUCUUUGUACGCAUUCUAGAUGACCCCACAGGCGUCAUGUGGCACAACUUUUUGAACUACGACUCGAAAAAGCUCACAGGUUAUAUUGGGUUUAAAAACCAGGGAGCCACUUGCUAUCUCAAUUCAUUGUUGCAGUCUUAUUUCUUCACCAAGAUAUUCCGCAAAGUCGUAUACAAGAUUCCCUCAGAUAAGGAGUCGCCUAACGAUAGCGUGUCGUUAGCAUUACAACGCUCUUUUUUCCUUUUGCAAAAAUCCCAGGAACCCCUUGAUACUUUGGAACUUACAAGGUCAUUUGGUUGGGAUACUGGCGACGCUUUUACGCAGCAUGAUGUUCAGGAGCUGAACCGCAUAUUAAUGGACAGGCUCGAGACCCGAAUGAAAGGAACAGAGGUAGAAGGCGUCCUUAGUGAACUAUUUGUGGGUAAAAUGAAGAGUUAUAUUAGAUGUGUCAACGUAAAGUACGAAUCGUCAAGAGUUGAAGACUUCUGGGAUAUUCAACUCAAUGUCAAAAAUUUGAAAGGUGUCCAACAGUCAUUUGAGAACUAUGUUGAGGUAGAGAUGAUGGACGGUGAAAACCAAUACGCCGCUCAGGAUUAUGGUCUUCAGGAUGCCAAAAAAGGUGUUGUGUUCGAGAGCUACCCACCUGUGCUCCAUUUGCAAUUGAAAAGGUUUGAGUAUGAUUUUAACUACGACCAAUUGGUUAAAAUCAAUGAUAGAUACGAAUACCCUGAAACCAUAGACCUCGCGCCUUACCUCGAUCCAGAGAUCAAAAAGCAGGGAUCCAUACCUUGCAAGUAUAAUCUACAUUGUGUUUUAGUUCAUUCAGGGGAUAUAUCAGUUGGCCACUAUUAUGCUAUGAUAAAGCCCAGCACUAAAGAUCAAUGGUUUAGGUUUGAUGAUGACAAAGUAUGGAGAGUUACUAAGAAGCAAGCAUUUGAUGAAAACUUUGGUCAUGAAAGUUUGCCGGAUGAAAAGCUCAGGACUCUUACUCGAGAACAGUAUCAAAAUUACCUGAUAGCGCGGCAAACAAGUGCUUACAUGCUUGUUUACAUUAGGGAAGACAUGGAAGACAAGGUCUUGGAAGACGUUUCUGACGUUGAUGUCCCAGUGCACAUUGUUACUAGUAUAGAAAAAGAACUACAAGAGCGCGAGAAGAGAAGGAAAGAACUUGAAGAAAUGCAUCUGUUCACAAAAGUGCACAUUCACUCCAUGAGCAAUUUUGUCAACUAUCAGGGAUUCGAUUUGUCGCCAAAUGAGCGGUCCAAACUUUUUAGUUCUGAGCUUCAUGGCCAGGGCGAGUAUUCAAAAUCACUGCGCGUCUUGAAGUCUACAAAGCUUAGGGAUGUCAAGAACGAAAUAUCAAAAAAAAUGAGUCUUCCCAGGUCAUGUAGCAUCAAUUAUUGGAUUAUGAGCUACAGAAAAAACUAUACCUUACGAUUGGAAUCUAUUUUGAGUCCUGACUUAGAUAAUUUACCUUUGGAGCAAGUGAUUCACAAGUUGGGGAUUUCACGGGCUGGUUCUAUUGACAUUUUUGUCGAAGAGCCAUACUUGGAGCUCAAUUUUUUGAACGAAAUCGUUACUUCGAAGACAGUACCUUUCUCGAGGCUUACUUCUGAAACUAUAUGUGAAUUAAGGGCCGCUGCCUCAGAGGGUAAUUUACCUGAUUCUUCAACAAGUCUAAGAUCACUUGAUGAUGAUUCUCACACGGUGUUGGUUUUUUUAAAAGCCUACAAUUCUGAUAAAUGCCGUCUCGAAGGGUUUGGUCAUGUUGUUGUAAAGCAAAUCGACCAGAUAUCAAAGGUAUCUGGUAUCCUAAGAAGCCUGUGCUCGAUUAAUCAAGAAUAUUCAUUUUUCGAAGAGUUUCAACCUGACACGAUCGAGGCUGUUGAUGAAAAAAUGCAGUUCAUAACCUCAGAAUUGGUUGAUGGCGAUAUACUAGCGUUUUCGAUCUGCAAUCCCAAAGAAAGUGAUAACUCAAUCUCGAUUUUGAGUCACUAUGACUUUCUGAGAUACAGAAUCAACAUAGCACUGACAAGAACCGCUAACACCGAAGAAGAAUACGCUGUUGUGAAAGACGACAACGAUGUCGAUCAAUUGAGUAUCUGGAUUUCAGCGAAGGCCUCUUACCAAGACCUUGUCAACAUGAUUGCUGCAGGAACUAAGCUAAAUCCAUCAAACAUAAGAACGUUCGCUGUAUACGCAAAUGGGCGUUUUGCUCUAAAAUCAGAUUGUCUGAUUUCAGAUUUCCUUGUAAAGAACUACACUCGGGACUCCAUUCCUCCUUUCGAGUUUGAGGUUUUAUCGAUACCUUUAAAGGAAUUUGAGCACUUGCGAUCGAUUAAAUUCUAUUGGCUAAGUGACAGCUAUGUUCAUUACCAACCGUAUGAAUUUAGAGUUCCAAAUUCGUGUACCAUAAGUGAAUUUAUGGGAAAGCUGCAAAAAAGACUUGGUUUCGAUGAGGAGCAGGCAAAGUCUGUUCUUUUAUGGACUAACUGCGACUUCAAGUUUCAGGGCAUUUUGUCAAAGGAAAACGUCUUUGAGGAGCUAGCCGAGUCGUUUCUCUUCUUUGGCAGAAUACUACCGGACGAAUUGGCCCUGGUAAAUCAACUUGAAGAGGUGUCUUUAGAAAAUCUCGAUUCGAUGGAUGAAGCUGAAGAAGACGGUUUGGAUCAACUGAACAAUAAAGCUAAUGUAAUAAAUGGAAAGCUUGUAAUCGUGAUCCAGUAUUUCAAAGACCUCGAAAACAGACAUGGGAUUUCUUUCCUGUUUAACCUUAUACCAGGGGAAAACUGCCUUGAAACCAGAGACCGUUUGCACGCUAAGUUUGGGUUAGGACGCAAAGAAUUUUCGAAAAUCAAACUUGGAAUAACCAUCAGUUCAGAUAAUGGUUUAACUUUCAAGUCUCUUCAUGGCUACACAGAUGAAGAAUUACGUGAAAUUGUGUUGUUUGAUGUUUUGAACAAUCUAGAUUAUAUUUGCAUGGAUCAUCCCGAUCGGACCAGGACUCAGACAUACCACGACAGGCCAAUGGUUAUCAAAAAUUAG